AUGGAUCUCUGGAUUAUCCGACUGUCUUCUUCUCUCCGGUUGGAAAAUCUGGUGGAGAUAAGUGAUAUGUUUGUGGUUGUUUUAGGAGGAAGAUCCAAAGGAGAUGAGGAAUCUGACAAGGGAACAACACAAUCAUCUCUAGCUACACGGUUUUUAAUCCUUUGCAGCAGAACCAAAGUUCCUGAGUUUAGCACUCAAUGCUCUGAUGCUACAUCACAAGGUCGUAGAUCAAGAAAUAAAUGGGCACCAGCGGAUGAUGUUGAGCUCAUUGGUGCAUGGCUGAACACGAGCAAGGAUCCCAUAGUAAGUAAUGGUCAAAAAGGUGAAGCUUAUUGGAAAUGGGUUGCUGAAUAUUUCAAUGCAAGUCCAAAGGUUGUCGGUUUAGAAAAGAGAGCCCCUAGUCAUAUCAAGCAGAGGUGGGGGAAGAUAAAUGACAAUGUGUGCAAGUUUGUUGGAUGCUACGAAGCUGCAACCAAACAGAGAUCAAGUGGCCAAAAUGAAGAUGAUGUUAUGAAGCUAGCCAACGAAAUAUACUUCAAUGAUCACAAGGUAAAGUUCACCCUACAACAUGCUUGGCUUGAGCUUAGAUAUGAUCAGAAAUGGUGUGCUAGUUCAUCUUCUAAAGGGAAUGGAACGGCUAAAAGAAGGAAGGGUAUGGACGGUUCUUCAAGUUCCCAACCAGUGAACCAUAGAGAGGAUGACUCAAUGAUUCGUCCACCUGGUGUUAAGGCUUCAAAGGCAAAAAAAAAGAAUGUGAAGAAAACAGCCACUGAUGAUGAAGAUAGCAAGUAUCUGUUGGAGUUAGAGGCGAUAUUGGAGCUAAAGCAAAAAAAUUUUGCUUUGACAGAGAAGAUUAGCAAUCGUAACCUCCUUGAAAUGAUACUUGCAAAAACAGAGCCACUAACUGAUCAUGAUAUAGCUUUAAAGAACAAGCUAAUUGAUGACAUUUUCAUGUAAUCGGUUUCUGUUCUUCAUGUUUUAAUGUCAUAUUUUUCUGUUGUUGAAGUUUUAGUGUGAUGUUUAAUCUGUUUAUGUUCUUGACUUUUUAUUGUAAUCGGUUUCUGUUGUUGAAGUUUUAAUGUGAUGUUUAAUCUGUUUAUGUUCUUGACUUUUUAUUGUAA